ACAUACCGUUAAAUUGGCAUGCAGCCGACGCUCGUGUCCUGUAGCAGAGAGACUGCACUGUUCAUGAAAAAAUGUUACCGCGCUAUCAGCGGAGUUACCUCGGACAGCAGGGCAAGGUCGCGUUAUUUCACCUUUUCUGCAGUAUUACAGGUGUGUGGGGCAGUCAGGUGCUGGUGCCUCAGAGGGUGAACGCUGUGCUGGGGAAGAAUGUGACAUUAGAGUGCCGGGUGGAGGUGGCUUCAAACCUCACUCUUACUCAGAGCUCCUGGGAGCGCCGCCUGCCAUCAGGCUCUGUCACAGUAGCCGUCUACAACCCACGGUAUGGCAUCUCCAUCCCGCCAGAGUUUCUCCAUCGAUUGUAUUUCCGCUCGCCCUCUUCGCACGAUGCCACCAUUGUGUUGGGAAACGUGGGCUAUGCGGAUGUCGGGAUCUAUACCUGUAAGGUUGCCACAUUUCCUCUUGGGAACACUCAAGCCUCCAUUACUGUCAAUGUGCUUGUGGAGCCGAAAGUCUACGUGUCUGCAGGUUCGUCUGCUUUGCUCGACGGUGGCAACGAUACUGUGGUGGCCACUUGUAUUGCUGAGCGAGCCCGGCCCCCUGCUGAGGUGUCCUGGGAGUCCAACCUUUUUGGACAGUCCGAAGUGCAGCUAUUUGACGAAACCAACGGCACAACCAGCACGCAAGUGAGCUACCUCUGGCAGCCCACACGUCACGUCCAGGGCCAAUCACUCACCUGUGUCGUCCGCCACCCGGCCCUGCAGAGUGACUUCAGGAUCCCCUACCAACUCAAUGUGCAGUUUGCUCCUGAUAUCUCUGUUGUGGGCUAUGAUGGAGACUGGUAUGUUGGUCUGGAAAAUGUUCAAAUGACGUGCAAAGCCAACGCAAACCCACCGGCUAAUCACUUCAGAUGGAUCAGAUUGGACAGUGAAAUGCAAGAAGGGGUGGAAAUAAUGAACAGCACUUUGCUCUUCCUGCGUCCCCUCCAGCGGAAUGACUCUGGAGUUUACAGGUGCGAGGUUGCCAAUGACAUCAACCUCCGCAGCCGGGAUGUGCGCAUUCUCAUACAAGAUCCUCCCACCAUGCCUUCCACCAUUACUGCUCCUGUCCUAACUGGCUCUGCCUCCUCCACCUUAGUCGAUGAUAAGGGGCAUGUUCUUCUCAGCUCCCCCACGCGUGAAGCCCUACCUGAGAGUAAUCUUGGCUCCAUAGUGGGUGGGGCUGUGGGCGGGGCCUUGUUUCUGCUACUGCUGCUGUCUCUGGUUGGCGUGUAUUACCUACGGAAGCCGCAAACCUUCCACGGGAACUACUACACCAAACAGUACCUGGGCCCCAAUGACCUCCAGAAGGCCCCCACGCAGCAUGAGCUCCACCCUACGAAAGCCGGGAGCAGCGCCCACCUUCAGGACCACGACCGAGAGGAGUGGGGGGACCGCCAGCUCAAACGUGAGCGUGAUCGCCGUCGCCAUAGCAACUACAACGGCGAGGAGUACCCCUCUAAUGGCUACACUAGGGCAAUGAGGGAGAGCAGUCAUCCCAGCAAUCAGCAGAAUCCCCAACGUGAACACACGCAGUAUUCUAGUCCACGGCAGGCCAGAUGUGCCAGAUACCCUCAUUCACCGAAACCACAGAGAAACGGCCCCCCCCACCUGUCAGACGACUGCUACGAUAAUGGGCCCGAGGGGGAUUACGUCUCUCACACAGACGGGUCUGUCAUCUCACGGAGGGAGUGGUACGUUUGACAAGCUCCCCCGGUCACCGCAGGAGCAGAGAAACAACGGAAAUCCCAAGGUUUCAUUGAAUUAAGAAGAAGCACAUUAUUUCUGUUCUGUUCGCACAGGCACACUUCUAUCUAAUCUCAGUUCUGUAGUUCUCUCGUUUGGUUCAAGUUUCCUGGUCGACACUUGAGACACAAUGUGUCUGUUCUUGGUGUGGGCAGACUGUGGACUCGACAGACUGGACUGCACAACCACUUUGACGGUCAACAUCUACAUGCCUAAAGUCAGCGUGUCACUAGACUAACUAAAGAUCAGGAUGUAUGUGCGCUCUCUGCCUUACUACAUGGACUGCCAAUGUGUUUACUUAUGUCUUUCAGUUGAGUUGAAGCCCCGGGGGCUUGCAGACCACACGUGGUUGUGGUAGAAGGAUGAUUUUUUUGUUUUUGUUUCCGCAAAAUCAGCCUUCUCAGGCUAUAUGUCACUUGCCCAUUUUGUAUGUGUUGAUUUUGCUUACACUGAUUCAUUAAGACGACCUCUGACCUCUGAAUAUGAAUGGCUGAUAUUCACGAAUGGUACAGAACCCAUGACUGGAAGUAAUUCCAUGAAAUUCAAAGGAUCACAGGUCCCUUUUUUCUAAAACUCAGUAGGACACAGUAAAGACAUAUAGGCUAAUUAAACAAAAAGGUUUAUCCCACUGAGAAAUCAGAAUAACUUCACAGCUGAUGACCUCUCCACACUGAUUUAUAAUCACAAAAUAUAUUGCACUGCCUUUUGCAAAACUUUGUAACGGACGACCACGUCAUUUGUUUUCUACCAGAAAUGUCGACCCGUUAUGUAACUUACCAUGAUGGGAGACUUGUGAGCUUGAGGACUUGACCACCGAUGUCCUAAUAAUGUCCUUUUAACACUGAUGGCUCAGAGUGGGAACCUUAAGAGCAUUUCUACUGUAUAUCCUCGGGAGGGCAAGCAGGGAUGUCUGCAUGAACGAGGCACAGCUCACCGUAACAACAGACUGGAUUUAUCAAACAGUCGAGCCUUGAGAUGCAAAUAAGCUCCAACAUUCUGCAAGAUUUGUGUGUUUUAUUGAUUCGGGGAAGAGUUUCUGGCUGGUUGUCUUCUUGAUUUAGCCUCAAACACAUUCUCCUGUUAUCUACCAUAUGGUAAUGGAUGUGUUUUGAGAGUUUGCACUCUGGCACCAACCCAGGCCUCUUGGAAAAUUCAAGAGUGCUAUCAGCGUGGGGUAUUGUUGAACGCAGGCCACAGUAUGGCAGGCACCAUACGCUGGCCUCCCAGCCACAAUGUAUUUCGUUGCACAAAGAAGUCAUUCAAGAGUGCCGCCAGUACGCCCGACCACAAAUAACCACCGACGGACUAAUUUCACUCCUCUGAGUAAUCCAUAGAAAAAUACACGACUGCGACACAAUCCCAAUCUGAGGCAUUAUUGUUGCUUAUCCAUGUGUGCAACUGCACACUCCAGUCAUGUUCACUAGUUGGUGUUUUUGUAAAUUAAGCAUUUAUUAUUAUUACUACCAGUAUUACUACAGUCAAAUACACAUUAUAAAGACAAAUCAGGUCAUCUGGGAUGGAUGUGCUGUCACUGUCGCUCGUGGUUAUCAAAGCCACAGCACAGUGCUUCCUCGCCAGAUGGGACAAAAAAUAUUUUGUUGCACGUUCAUUCAUCAUUAUCCUUUCUAAAAUAAUACACCCUAUGCCUUUUUUUUUUUUUUUUUUCUUCUCUAAACGGGAUUUGCGGCUGGAUUUAUUCAUUUGUUACCAGACACAUUUAUUGCUAAUCAAGACUCUCCCACGUUGCAGGCACACCAAGUACUGUGAGUGAAGUGAGGAGAAAGUGUUUGAAAUGUCCAUGUCAUCGUCGGGCUAUGGAGCCCCAGUAGUUCAGGUGUCAAACUUGCAGAAAGCCAUUAUCGAUUUAAAUAUGAAUUUCAGUUUUUGUACUUUACACGCAGUCAAAUUAUUUUGGCACAUGCACCUAUUUACCAGACAGCAUGGAGGAGAUCCAACAGUUUCUUUCAUGCGCACUAGUGUUUGUGAAUACAUGCCAACUUUAGUAGUAUGGCCACUUAUUCCAUAUUUGGUGCUAGAUGCCAAAUAUUUGUUUAACUUGUGUAUGUAUAAAUAUGACGACAGUCUCACAUAGGUAUUGCUGACUAGCUAAAAACUGAUUAUAAGCUUAUAUAAAUGAGUAUCACUGUUGUAUACAGGGUCGUGUAGCCGGAAAUAGAAGUGAAAAGAUGCUUUAGGCCACUUUAAUAUAAUACAGUAACAGUUGUCAAAAUGGGAAUUAGUUAUAUUGUUAUGAACCCUCA